UCGCCUCUCUGUGUAAUUUGACCAUUUCACCCUUCGUAACGGAAGACGGGCAAUACAUUAGUUUGUUACUUCCUUCCUCCCCCUUUUUUUGUUUGUUCUGUUUCUAUUUUUUUUUCUUCCUUCAAUUCAAAUCCUUAAAACUGUCGCCGGAGAAAAACAUAUGAUCGGAACCGGAAAGUACCUCAUUGGGCUCGCCGGAGAAAGUGGCUUCGGCUCCAAAUCCACGGCCGAAGAGGUCACCAAGAACUGCGACCUCCGCUCAAUCACCGCCAUAAUCACCGGUGCGACGUCGGGGAUCGGAGCGGAGACGGCGAGGGUGCUGGCGAAACGAGGAGCCAGGCUGAUCUUGCCGGCGAGGAACGUGAAGACGGCGGAGGAAACGAAGAUGAGGAUCGUCGCUGAGUCUCCGGCGGCGGAGAUCAUCGUCAUGGAGCUUGAUCUCAGCUCUCUUUCCUCCGUACGGAGAUUCGUCGCGGAGUUCGAGUCCCUCGAUCUCCCUAUCAAUCUACUCAUAAACAACGCAGGCAAGUUAGCACAUGAACAUGUAAUAUCCGAAGACGGAAUCGAGAUGACAUUCGCAACUAACUAUCUAGGCCAUUUUCUUCUGACAAAGUUGUUGCUUGGGAAGAUGAUCAAAACGGCAGAAGAAUCGGGCGUCCAUGGACGGAUCGUGAGCGUCUCGUCGGGAAUCCACGGCUGGUUUUCCGGCGAUAUGGUCGAGUACCUCCGGCAGAUUUCCCGACCAAAGUGUCAAUUCGAUGCGACACGUGCGUAUGCUCUCUCGAAGCUCGCCAACGUUUUGCAUACAAAGGAGCUCUCUUCCUUUCUCCAGAAACAGGGAGCAAAUGUGACAGUGAACUGUGUUCACCCUGGCAUUGUUAGGACCCGCUUGACAAGAGAACGCGAUGGCUUAUUGACAGAUCUUGCUUUCUUCUUCGCUUCCAAGCUCCUCAAGACCAUCCCCCAAGCAGCGGCCACAACGUGUUACGUGGCGACAAGCACGAGGUUGGUGAACGUAUCGGGGAAGUACUUUGCUGACUGCAACGAAACGGCACCGUCCAGGCUCGCUUCCAAUUCCGCCGAAGCUUCGAGGUUAUGGGCCGCUUCCGAGACUUUGGUGACUCACGGUACCAUAUCCCUUUUCCACCCUUUUACCUAAAAAAAUGAUUUCCAAAUACACUUAGGACAGUAAUGAUCUCCAUAUAGAUUACAUAGUUACUAUAGUCAGAGUUUGAUUCCCACCGAGGUAUACCCCAUGGGACCUUAUUUUUGUUUUAUUUUUAUUUUGUAGCUGCAAAACUUACAUAUGGUAUAUAUAUAUAUAUGUCCAAAUUGUCAAGUGUAUACAAAAAAAAGGAAUAUAAGUGGGUUAGUCAGUGCAAUUUGUAUGUGUGAAUAAUUAAUUAAAUAUUUGAAGUUUGUUUUGGAGUUUU